AUGAGGGCCCUCUUCUUCGGUAAAGUGGCUGGUUUCUCUGGUUCCUUAAGUGGCAAUGGAUUCCAGUCUGGUUCCUUAAGUGGUAAUGGAUUCCAGUCUGGAUUGUUAAGUAGCAAUGGAUUCCAGUCUGGUUCGUUAAGUGGCAAUGGAUUCCAGUCUGGUUCCUUAAGCGGUAGUGGAUUCCGGUCUGGUUCCUUAAGUGGCAAUGGAUUCCAGUCUGGUUCGUUAAGUGGCAAUGGAUUCCAGUCUGGUUCCUUAAGUGGCAAUGGAUUCCAGUCUGGUUCCUUAAGUGGCAAUGGAUUCCAGUCGGGUUCGUUAACUGGUAGUGGAUUCCAGUCCAGUUCAUUAAAUGGCAAUGGAAUCCAGGCUGGUUCUUCAAUAGGUGGAAACAGAUUCCAGUUUGGUUCAGGAAGUGGUACUGGAUUACCAUUUGGUUCCUUCGGUAACAGUGGAUCCCAGUCAGGUUCAACGAGCACUACUGGAAGUCAGUCUGGUCAAAUAACUAACAAUGGAUUCUCAUUCGGCUCAGCAGAUGAAAAUGCUAGUGUCUUCCAGUCUGGUUCCGUAAGUAAUGAUGGAUUCCAGUCUGGUUCUGUAAGUAAUAAUGGAUUCCAGUCUGGUUCUGUAAGUAAUAAUGGAUUCCAGUCUGGUUCCGUAAGUAAUGAUGGAUUCCAGUCUGGUUCUGUAAGUAAUAAUGGAUUCCAGUCUGGUUCCAUAAGUAAUAAUGAAUUCCAGUCUGCUUCCGUAAGUAAUAAUGGAUUCCAGUCUGGUUCAGGAAUUGGAUCUGGAAUCCAGUUUGAUUCAGUUACUGAUUCUGGAUUCCAGCCUGGCUCUGUUACUGGCUCUGCAUUCCAGUCUGGUUCAGUCACAGACUCUGGGUUCCAGUCUGGUGCAGUCACGAACACAGGAUUGCAGUCAGGUUCAAUUGCAGACUCUGGAUUCCAGUCUGGCUCUAUUGUAGAUUCUGGAUUCCAAUCUGGUUCAGUCACAGAUUCCGGAUUUCAGACUGGCUCAAUCACAGAUUCUGGAUUCCAGUCUAGUGGAGUCACAAACACAGGAUUCCAGUCUGGUUCAGUCUCAAAUUCUGGAUUCCAGUCAGGCUCAGUCACAGAUUCUGGAUUCCAGUCUAGUGGAGUCACAAACACAGGAUCCCAGUCAGGUACAUUCACAAACACAGGAUUCGAUUCUAGUUCUACCACAGGUGCAGGAUUCCAACCUGACUCCAUAGCAGACACUGGAAUUCAAUUUGGUUCAAGUGGAAGUGGAUUAGGACUUGGUUCAUCCACUGAUAGCGGCCUCCAAUCCAACUCAGUAAGUAGCACCACAUUCCAAUUUGAUUCAGACAUUAACGCAAACUUAGCUUCCGAUUCUCCAAGUAUCAGUUUUGAAUCUGUACCGAGCAGUAGCGGGUUUGGGUCCACACACCAGCCAAUAGCGGAAUCACUAUCUAGUUCACAACCAGCAAGUGCUCCAUUCCAGCUUGAUUCCUUUACCAAUGACAGAAUCCAAACUGGAUCACCAAGUGAAUUUGGAACGGAUUCUAACUUUGGAUCUCUAACAAGUGGAAAUAAUUCUCCAAGUACCACUGGAUUCCAAAGCAGCUCCAGCGGUUCCCCAUUCGAAACCCUUGGUACUCCUGGCUUUGUAUCUUCUUCCUUGUCCGAAAGCGUAUUUGGUUCAGAUACAUCAUUUAGCAGCGGAUUAAGUUCUGAUACAUCAAGUGGCGUCAGUUUUGGAAACAGAUACAAGCAGUAA